GAUGGUGGAUUGGGGCUCGCUGUUCUCCGACGCCCAGCCGCUCUGGCUGGGGUAAAAAAAAAAAAAAAUUGCGUGACACACGGCGAGAGUGGCGGCCAUCUUCCUCUUCUGGGCGAGUCAGCUGAGAGGAUUAGGAGUCGAGAAAUAGCGCUGCGCAAGCGCACCCUUGAUGGUCCCAGGUAACACCCAUCUGACCGACCAGGCGUCGACGCCGUCGCCGGAAGUUUGGCGUUCGCGCGGGGAGGAGGCGGCGGCCGCGGCAGAAGCAGCUGUCUCCCGGUACCCGGAUGUGAAGCGUCCGGCUAGCACCGAGCGUGAGAUCCUCGGCGGGGGCCGGAGGGAGAAUUUUCCUGUUUUAAGAUCCUCAGAUAUUCAAGAAAUAAUUGGAAGCAUCAUUCAGUUAGAGACAUCAUCAAUCAGCUUAACAAAUUGAUAAGGAUUUAAUUCCCUUAAGGUGCUGUGUAAUGUGUUAAGAACAGGUUAUAAGGAAUGGUUUUAUCAGAUUUUCAUGAGUUAUGUUGGCUGAAACAUCAAUUCUGUCUUGUGGGAAAAGAAUUACAUAUCAGCACAAAAGGAAAUCUAUAUUAAUAGAGUACUUUAUUAAACAAAGGAGGUUAAAUAAGAACCACAAACCAACAUACCCAGCAAACAAGGAAAGAAACGUGUUAAUCAUAAGACAUGUUUCAAAUGAAUCAGAGUCCAGUAACUGUAGACUACAGAAGAAAAAAGUUUUCAAAAAUUUUGUCAAAACAGACAGGUCAGUGAUAAAUAACUUCUCCAGUAAUAGAGAUAGGAUUGAAACUAAAAAUUAAUUGACAAUUUUUAACAAAAUCUGAAUUAAGUUUCUUUUCAUUUAAAAACUUAUGCAAAUAGAAAAAUAUAAAAUUUCUUUAGAGUGUGAUUGCUUUGUUCAACAGAAAGCAAAUAUCUUUCAGAAUUUAUUCCAGCUUUUCUCAUAUCUAAAACCGUACUUGAAGCAAACUAGUACUUUUGUUGAAAAUGUGUAUCAGCAUAAGUUAAAGCUGGUUUUCACGACUUGCUUCUCAGUAAUACUAGAUACUCAACAUUUUUACCUGCCAGGACACAAGCUGUCCUUUGAAAAACUACUCAGAAAGAGAAGACAUUACUCAGGAAUAAUGUCCAUUCAGGAGAAAUCAAGAGAAAAUUCUUCCAGUAUUAUUAAAGAAAGUAAAGAUACGAAUUUAGAAAUAGACAUUCAAGGUUCUGAAAAUAAUCUAGCAAAAAAAUCAGGUCCUAUGGAAGCUAUAAAGUCACUGGUUAAAUCUCCCAGUGAUGAAAGUAAAGUAAAUCAGUGUGAAUUGGGAACACGCAUGAGUACACGGUCGACAAAGGCUGCCUCCAGUGAUAAAGGCAUUAAAAGUAUAGUACCUGUAAAAGGACAUUCACAAGAAACUACAAAAAACAAAUGUCAGAAAAAAUUAGUGCAUCAAACCUCUAAAGCAAAUGAGCAUCUUAAUCGGAGAUCACAAAGAUUACAACAGUUAAAGGAGUGUUCUACAAGGUCUUUGCGCAGUAGAGAUAUUCAGGGUCAUAUUCAAGCAGUUAAAAAGUGUGUACCAGUAACAAGAAAAGAACACUGUAACAGUACUCAAAGUAAGUCUAAUAAAGUUAAAAUAAAUCAAAAACAUGUGAAAAGGAAAUCACUGGAAAUAAAGUCAGAUUGUAAAGAGUAUGAAAAUUCAGUAAUUAAUGAAAUAGUAAAUUCCCCUAAAGCAAAAAAGCUCAAAAUAGAACACCAGACAGUUUAUACUUGUAGUGCACAAUGUGUACAAGGAUCUGAAAAGUGUCUUCAGAAAACUACAAGAAAAGAAGAACCAAAACCUGUGCCUGUAACUUCUGAAAUAAAAAGAUCAAAAGUAGCUACUUCAUUGGUUUCUAAAAAGAAUGAACUGAAGUCAGCUCACACACAAGUGAAUACUAGCACAAAAUCCCAAAAAAGUCCACAGCCAUCAGUGCCUGAACAAAGUAUAGAUAAUGAUUUGGAGCCAACAGGAAAGAGCAAACGUGGUAGCAUUCUCCAGCUUUGUGAAGAAAUUGCUGGUGAAAUUGAGUCAGAUACUGUAGAAGUAAAAAAGGAAUCAUCACAAGUAGAAAGUAUAAAGGAAAAGAAGCCUACAGAAGUAAAAUCAGAAGAGACUGAUGUUGAAAGACAGAUACCUCAUCAAAAAGAAACAAAUCAGGAUGUGCAACGCAACCGUUUCUUCCCCAGUAGAAAAACAAAACCCGUGAAAUGUAUACUAAAUGGAAUAAACAGCUCAACAAAGAAGAACUCCAACUGGACUAAAAUUAAACUCUCAAAAUUUAAUUCUGUGCAGCAAAAUAAAGACUCUCAAGUUUCCCCUAAGCUGGGCUUAUUGAGAACCAAUUUUUCACCACCAGGUUUAGAAAUACAUCAUUCUGUGACUCAGAGUACAUUUUUAGAGGCAAAACCACAUGAUAAAAAUAUAAUUUGCCAUCAGGAAAAAAUGAAAGAAAUUAAAUCUGAAGUUAAAAUGAAAGAAGUUAAUAUUAAUGAUAUUACAGUUGAAACUAAUAAAACCACAAAAAGGGCUCCUGAAAUUUUGGAUAAUCAGAUAAAACCUUCUGACUCACCUUUGGAUAAUCAGAUGAAACAUUCUUUUGAAUCAACACCAGAUAAGAAUUUCAGCCUAUGUUUGGAAUCCAAGCUGGGAAGCAGUGCAGUAGAAAACACUUCUGUUUCAACUCUGCCAAAUCAAGCAAAAUUUGAUGCAGGAGAGAAUACACUUCCAGGUUCAGCUCCCAAACAGCACAGCAUACCCGAUAACCAGACCUCUAAGAACAGUGAUAACAGGGAUGCAGGACAAAAAAGAUUUGGAGCAGUUUCCUGUAAUGUUUGUGGAAUGCUUUACACAGCUUCAAAUCCUGAAGAUGAAACCCAACAUCUGCUUUUCCACAACCAGUUUAUAAGUGCUGUAAAAUAUGUGGGUUGGAAAAAAGAAAGAAUUCUGGCUGAAUAUCCCGAUGGCAGGAUAAUAAUGGUUCUUCCUGAAGACCCAAAGUAUGCCCUGAAAAAGGGCUAUAGAGUUAUAGAAGAGAAACUUCCAGUGAUCAGGUCAGAAGAAGAAAAAGUCAGAUUUGAAAGGCAAAAAGCCUGGUGCUGUUCAACAUUGCCAGAACCUGCCAUCUGUGGGAUCAGUCGGAUAUGGGUAUUCAGUAUGAUGCGUCGGAGGAAAAUAGCUUCUCGCAUGAUUGAAUGCCUAAGGAGUAACUUUAUAUAUGGCUCAUAUUUGAGUAAAGAAGAAAUUGCUUUCUCAGAUCCUACUCCUGAUGGGAAAUUGUUUGCGACCCAGUACUGUGGCACUGGUCAGUUUCUGGUGUAUAAUUUUCUUAAUGGACAAAGUACCACCUAAACCAAUCUUGCCUGCAGUACCAGAAGACAUCUUUUGAAGAGAAUGAAUUGGUUGCUGACUUUAACCAGGAACUAGGGCCAUUUUUAUUACAAUGAACUCAGGACUGGCAACAACUACAUGGUUGUUCCAUUUUCAUAAAAUUGGAAAUAAUGCAGUCAUAGCUGAUUAUUGUUUUGUUUUUUAAAAAAGAUAUUUUAUUAUCUUUUACAGAAAUUUAUGAUUGAUGUAUUUUAUCUAUAGUAAUUUAGACAUGUUUACAUGCAGCAGAUAAUUGUUCAUAGUGGACUGAAAACUAAUGCAAGGACUAUGGUCUCAGUGAUAAGUAUAUUUUGAAGUUCUUAAUAUGGAAAUAUACCAGUGUAGCUUGGUACUGUACUUUUUAAUAUUUGAUCUGAUACCAGUUAUAGGAUUAAAGAUUGUAUUUUCACAGAAUGGAAACCAACGUUUUUGAGUUACUGUUUAAGAAGGGCACAGUACUAUGUGUUUAGCAAUUUGAAGCUAAUUUUUAAAGAGACCUGAUGGAUACUUUAAGAAAACUCCUACAAAAAAGGAAAGUUCCAAAGAAAUGGAAAAAAUUUAGAAAACUGAGCAUUUUCUUCCAUUUCUCUUUCCUACCUUUGAUGGCAGGAUAAAGUGGAAAGAGGUAAAGAACUAAAGCUCUUCUUAUGAAGUGAUAAAUGACCAGAAUUUUGAUGGAUACUUUCUGAGUUUGUUUUUACAUUUCUGGUUUCACUUUUAAAAAAUGCAUUUGGCACAAUUGGCCUGUUAGCAAAUUUCAAAAAAGCUUAUGAAAUCAUUAUAGAAUAGUUGCAAGCUAAAUAUGAAUGACUUGGUAUCUGCUUAUUAUUCCUCAGAAAUACUGCACUGAGUAUAUACCUACAUUAUUGGACUUCAUUUUGAUACUUGUCUAACCUUCAUAGUACCCUCUACUUUUAAAGGGUUUAUAUGUUGAAAAACUGCUGUGGCCUUUUAUGACCUGUACAUAAUGUGGAAUAAAAUAAUAAAAUAGCCUUUUCUAAGUGAUAAAUGUA